UACCAUGUUGUUUAGCCACAUUGAGUACCUAAAAUCUCGUCUAAAUUCGUUGUUAGAAGUAUCUUCUUCCUAAUGUAUAUGUUUUGUGUGCUAAAGUUUCAUUUUUCUUUCAAUCUCUAUUGUUAAACCAUCGCCUCUAUUUCUCAGGUAAAUGCUAGAUUAUCGAUCCAAAACAAUUGGACUUAAUGUUAGGCUAGAUGAAAGUACAUGAAUGAUAUUAUGUUCCAUAAUAGUUCCUAGACCGUUACACAAACCCAUCAUCGAGCAUGCACUCCAUGUUAGGCGGAGUAAACAAAGUUUGAUCUGCAUGGUCAAAUCGCACAAAUGUCGAAUCAUUGAUGAUAUUAAUGAUUUUGCCUACAGAUCUCAGGAGUUGGCUGUCAAGGGAGGCGCUCUGAGAGAAGACUUUGGCCUGCUUCGGCAAGGUUUUCAAUAUCAAGCUCUGCUUAUGGAUCCAUUAUCAAAACGGGAAUGGUGGAGCUAACUUGGCUUGGGAGAUAAUACUUCUUCAAACAUACUCUAUUAUUGCACUUUACUUGAUCCAAUACUGAUCACCUGCAUCCAACUUGUCAUCUAUAUGGUAACUAUCCAUCAAGUUUCUUACAUUGGAUAAACUUCUACUAACUUGUAGCGCAUGAACUUGUUUGUUAAGAAUCAAAACCACAUGAUGCAAAUUGUCAAAACUUUCAUAAUACUAGGGGUGUAUAAAUACUACCACAACCCAAAAGAAGGAAAAGAAGGAUAAAAAAGCUUUCUUCUUUCUCCUCCAACUUCUCUUUCCCCCGUCUCAUCAUUUCGCAGUACACAGCCAGCCAGCCCAGCCAUCUGUUUUUUCCAUAUCAGGGUUCCUGCCAUCGAUUCAGCCAUAUUUAAAAAACCCAGUCUCGGAAACCAACUCCUCCUCCCUUGUCUUUUUUCCCCUCUCCCGCUGUGCUCUGUUUUUUUGCCAGUCGCAGCAGAGUAGUACUAUUCUUGAAAGCUGCAACCUUCUUUGGAAGUAUUCCCUUCCCUUCUCCCUGGCUGCUGUUGCUACCCAAAUCCCCCUUUAUUUAUCAUCGCCCUCUUCACCCACAAACUCACUCAGCACCUUCAUUUCCCCUCUCUUCCACCCUGUCUUCUGCUCUGUUUUGAAUUGGGCAAUUGGAGUUUUCACUGUUACAGUUGUGCUCUGUUUUUCACAACCAAGUCUCAAAAGGUGAGAAAUUCCUGAUUAAAGUUCGAAUCUUUCAUCUUCCUCGUUGAUUUCUUUCCCUCUGCUUAACACCACGGCUCUGUUUUCAUCAGGGUUUUCGAUGGCGGAUUGGUACAGCCGGAGAAAUGGGGAUUUUGAAGAAGCAGAGGUCUGGUCCUUCGCAAAACAGAGUGAACCCACCUCUGCUGCUUCCAAGCAAAACAGGAAAUCCUCUGUUUCCUCCUCUGCCACCAGAAGAGGCACCACAGCUCCUCGAGCCAUCCCGUCCGAAAUAUCCAGCGAAGGGAACUCAACUCCUGUGAUGGCUCACCGUUCGUCUGCUCCGAUGAACAUCCCCGACUGGUCGAAGAUCUACGGCGCGAACAAUGGCGGGUACUACGACGAUUACCAGAACAACGACGAUGCCCACUACGAUGACGACGACGACGACGAUGAUGACGUGGUGCCGCCGCAUGAAUGGCUGGCGAAGAAGCUGGCGAGGUCGCAGAUUUCCUCGUUCUCUGUCUGCGAAGGGAUUGGGAGGACUCUGAAAGGCAGAGAUCUCAGCAAAGUGAGGAAUGCUAUCCUGACCAAAACCGGUUUCCUGGAGUGAAACUCAGAGUUGCAUUAUUAUCAUCAUUAAUUAUUAAUUAAGGGGUUCUUAAUUAUGUGGUUUUUAGCUUAGGUUGAUCGCCCCACAAUUAGGGAGGGGUGGCCCCGGUGGGUAUUUUGUAACCUUGCUCUGUUUUAUCUUCUUAAUUUCCUGCCCAAUUAUUGUUGCUAAUUGGUGAUUAGUAGGUUUGCUAUUAGUAGGAGAAGAAGAAGGACUUGUGUAGGGGUGAUUCAGGGGAAGCUGGCUCUGUUUUUUUCUUUUUGGGUUGUUUAUGAAGCUGGGGAGCAGAGCCCCUGAGAUUUUGUCUGGUAGCCUGGCAUCGGAAGGUCGUUUGGAUAAGUGAAAUGAGUAUCGGAUUUAUGUUCAAAUGGAAGGCUAGAACUGUUUUGGUUAUGGUUUUGGGUCAUCUUUCGGUGUUCGGUAUAGUCUUAAAUCGAAUCGAAAAACAAAAAAUUUACGUUUGUAAAAUUAUAGAAUUCCAAGUUUAUCGUCACUCGGUCCAUUCGUUAACCCUAACUGGAAAGGAUGACCAAUAGGAUGUUCAAUUGACCUAGGUUAACCGCAACAAUCGGUUCUCGGUUAAUCACAAAACCCAACGAAUUCGAGUAUGGUCGUUGUCAUGGAUUUAAUUCGGGUUCGAGUAGCCAAACAAUUUAGUUCAGUUUAAUUGAAACCGAACCGGAUUCCAACCCUAAUCCAAACCAUGGGUAAGAAGUGAUUAUUGGGUUUAUUGAAAAGAAGGAUUAUUCGAAUGAAUAUAGUGAACCGAACAAUUUAGGGGUGUUCAAAUAGUUACCAUGGUAAUAACCAAAUCAAAUAAGUCUAAAUUCUAUUAACCAUUGAAUACAAUAUCAUAACCAAACCGUCCAAACUAAUACAACAACCAAAUUAACCAAACUAAAGUUUAUUCGGUUUGGUUAAUUGGUGAACCAAAAUAACCAAUAUAACACCACAUUAUCAUUUAAGUGAGAAAAAUUUUCAGUUAGUGCAUCAAUUCGCAAUUUAUAUAAUGAACAACACAUAACAAU